AACUUUUGAUUUCGUAGCCUUGUUGCUCUCUCCUCUCUCUCUCUCUUCUGGCACCCAGAGCAAACCUCUCCAAAAAGAAAAAAACGAAGGCGAAACCGAGAAAGCUUCGCGUUUAGGUUCAUGCUUUAAGGGCUCGGAUUUGGCCGUUUAAUGGCGGAAUGAAGCUGCGGGGUUUCGGUUCAUUAUUGUGAUCUAGGCGUUUUCGUUUUGGGAUAGAAUUUGAAUUGUACAUUUUGUGUUCGACGAUUUGCGCGUUCGAAUAUUCGGACGCGUUCAGCUGAAGCAAGCAAGAGGAGCGCUAGCGGUAAGUGAAAUCAGCGUGGAAACACAGAGAUGCAGACGGAGGCGAGAGUGGGAGUGGUGGUCGAAGGAGGAGGCCCAAGGGCUCUGAAUUCGAAUAAGCAGCCGCCUAUUCGGCAACAGCAACAACAUUCGCAGAUCGGAACUGUUUCGCAGCUUCUCGCCGGUGGGUUGGCCGGGGCUCUUAGCAAGACUUGCACCGCUCCAUUGGCCCGUCUCACCAUUCUUUUCCAAAUACAAGGGAUGCACUCAAAUGUUGCAACUUUGGAAAAGGCCAGCAUAUGGCACGAGGCUUCUCGGAUUGUGAGGGAGGAAGGAGUUAGAGCUUUUUGGAAAGGCAACCUUGUCACUAUUGCUCAUCGUUUGCCUUAUUCAUCUGUCAAUUUCUAUGCAUAUGAGCACUAUAAGAAGGUCAGCUCCGACGAUUUGCUGCAUAUGAUACCUGGACUAGAGAGUCACAAAGAGAGGAUAGGGGGAGACGUAUUUGUUCAUUUCCUAGGUGGUGGUAUGGCAGGAAUUACAGCAGCAACAACUACAUAUCCUUUGGACCUUGUGAGAACACGCCUUGCAGCUCAGACAAAUGUGCUAUACUACCGAGGUAUUGGUCAUGCUCUUCAAACAAUUUGCAGAGAGGAGGGUGUCCUUGGGCUCUACAAAGGUCUUGGAGCCACACUCCUGGGUGUCGGACCAAAUAUCGCUCUCAGCUUCUCAGUGUAUGAAAGCUUGCGCUCUUUGUGGCAGUCUCAAAGACCGGAUGAUCCCACAGUUGCGGUCAGUCUGGCUUGCGGAAGUCUUUCUGGCAUUGCGUCCUCAACAGAAUUACACUCAUGAUGUAGUAGUGUUUAUGACAAGGAGAGAGAGAAGCAGGGUGUGGUGCAGGUUCUGCAUUAAUCAUUUAACCAGACACUGACUCCUAGAGCCAGAGACCGACUGGAGUUGUUUAAUGUCUUGCAUUUUGAGAAAUUUACUAAGGUUAUUGGGAGAUGUGCCAAUUCUUCGUUUCUAACUUCAUUAAACUAACUGGCACCACCUUUUUGAUGACUUGGGGCAGUUCCUUUCCACACUAGGUGGCACUACUCUGAAAGAGGACUAGCACUGUUAUUUACUUCUUUUACAAAGCAGAUGUGAGAUGUGUCCUCACUGGUGUAUGCUUCUCACCUAGUGCUUCCUUUGCAAAACGCGUUGCAAGUGGAAUUGUCCUUCAUGGAUGUAUGAAGUGCAGCUGUAGAGAUGCUGUGCUUUAAAUUUCAUGCGGUCAUGGUCAUUUAAGGGGGUUUCUCCGGCUGUUAUUAUAUCAAUAACUGCUUGGAAGGUGCUCACGGAUGUUCAAAAUGCUUAGAUGAGAAUAGUUGGCCUUCUUAAACUGGUUUUACCUCUGAAUUUAUGAAUAUUCUGUCAAACAUGAUACUUCACUAAUCAUGAGCUGCAGUGCAGCUGGAGCUGCUAUAACUGAAAAUCUCGUUCUCGAGCUGUAACAGGUAAGUUGAAUUAUAUUUGAUUCGUUUGUUGCAUGCUCAUAACCUUCCAACUUUGUUGUCUAGCCCUCCGUACCUAGACUAUUAGUUACCUGAUAGAGUAAAUUGAGUUGUGUGGUGGAUGUAGCCCUUGCGUUCUCUCCUGCCUAUGGCCUUGACAAAGUGCUACUUGUUUUUCAUAUUCCUUCUGAAUUAUCUUGCAGUAACAUUUCCUCUCGAUCUUGUGAGAAGACGGAAGCAAUUGGAAGGAGCAGGUGGGCGAGCCCGUGUUUACACGACAGGGCUUUUCGGGAUAUUCAAGCAUAUAAUCAAGACGGAAGGAUUCCGAGGUCUAUAUCGAGGGAUUAUGCCCGAGUACUAUAAAGUUGUUCCUGGUGUUGGCAUCUGCUUCAUGACCUACGAAACCUUGAAAGUACUUCUUGCUGAUCUGCAUGCCACGGUAUAGCUUCUAGGAACUUACUGGAUAAAUUGCUCGUAUCGGGAAACGUGGGGCGAUAUAGAAUCCCAGCAAACCAGGCAGCUCAUCUUUGAUUGUU